AAGAUUGUCGACAAAGCUUGAAACCAGUGGAGGAUAUUGAAAUUAAAGCACUCUAUUCAUGUCUCUCUCUGUCUUUACCUUCUUGCCAUAUAUGAUACAAAAUGGAAUCUUUCUCCUUCAUUCUCAUAUAUACCAAAGACUUUGUUUUCUCUGUUAAAACCCUUUUAAGCAACGCAAUACCCACUUCUCUUCGCUAAAACAAUCAGUCCUUUGCUCCCAUUUAUGUGCAAAAUAUGGAAAGGGAGUUGAGACCAAUGGACGCAGAGCAACUGAGAGAGCAUGCACAUAAGAUGGUUGAUUUUAUUGCUGAUUACUACAAAACUAUUGAGAAUUUUCCAGUUCUAAGCCAAGUUGAGCCUGGGUAUCUUCAGAAACUUCUGCCAGAUUCUGCACCAAAUCAACCUGAGGGAUUGCAGAAUGUUCUUGAUGAUGUUAAAUCAAAGAUUUUACCAGGAGUGACCCAUUGGCAAAGCCCAAAUUAUUUUGCAUAUUAUCCUUCUAACAGUAGUAUCGCUGGAUUUUUGGGAGAAAUGCUUAGCGCUGGUAUCAAUAUGGUUGGUUUCAGCUGGAUAACUUCUCCUGCUGCAACAGAGCUUGAAAUUAUCGUUCUAGACUGGCUUGGAAAAAUGCUCAAGCUCCCUGAAGAAUUUCUCUCGUCAGGACAAGGAGGUGGAGUAAUACAGGGUACCGCUAGUGAAGCUGUUCUAGUUGUACUACUAGCUGCUCGAGACAAGGUCUUGAGGAGGGUUGGAAAAGAUUCCCUUAAAAAGCUUGUGGCUUAUGGAUCUGAUCAAACACAUUCAGCUUUGCAAAAGGCCUGCCAGAUAGCAGGGGUUCAUCCGGAAAAUUGCAGGCUGCUAAAAACAGACUCGUCCAGAAGUUAUGCCAUUUCCCCAGAUUUACUUUGUGAAGCAAUUUCGCAUGACAUUUCUGUUGGAUUGAUACCCUUCUUUUUGUGCGCCACAGUUGGCACUACUUCAUCAACAGCUGUCGAUCCAUUGCUUGCACUGGGAAAGAUUGCUAAGAGUAAUGGAAUUUGGUUUCAUGUGGAUGCUGCCUAUGCUGGAAGUGCUUGUAUAUGUCCAGAGUACCGCUGUUACAUUGAUGGUGUUGAGGAAGCUGACUCUUUUAAUAUGAAUGCGCAUAAAUGGUUCCUAACAAACUUUGAUUGUUCAGCCCUUUGGGUGAAGGAUAGAAAUGCUCUAAUUCAGUCACUUUCUACAAAUCCAGAGUUUCUGAAAAACAAAGCCUCCCAAGCAAACAUGGUUGUGGAUUACAAAGAUUGGCAAAUUCCUCUUGGACGUCGAUUUAGGUCAUUGAAACUGUGGAUGGUAUUGCGAUUAUAUGGUGUGGAAAAUCUACAAUGCUACAUCAGAAAUCAUAUUAACUUGGCUAAAUAUUUUGAAGGCCUUGUUGCUGGAGACACUAGGUUUGAGGUUGUUGCCUCUCGGAUAUUUUCAUUGGUUUGUUUUCGCCUUUUACCUCCAGACAACAAUGAAGAUCAUGGCAACAAAUUGAACCAUGACCUAUUAGAUGCAGCAAACUCCACUGGGAAAAUUUUUAUAUCUCAUACAGUUCUAUCAGGCAAGUAUAUAUUGCGAUUUGCAGUAGGAGCACCAUUGACUGAAGAGAGACAUGUAACUGCAGCAUGGAAGGUUUUGCAAGAUGAGGCCUCUGCUUUGCUAGGGAGUCUAUGAUAAUUUAAUACAUCUAGUACCAACUACUUUUAAUUGAUGAAUAUUCAAUUUAUAUAAAAGUUUAUUUAUUUUUGAAUGAAA